UAUAGAGCAGCGCAUACUUGGCAUCACAAGUUUGAGAUCACUCAGAGAGAGAGAGAGAGAUGUUAUGAAAAUAGCAUUACAAAAAAUGUUGUCUUAUUUUGUACCUAUGGCUAACAAUAAGGACAACAAAGGUAAACAAAGCAUAACAGACACACUUAUACACACGUAUACAUACAUACAUACAGUAAAACAAAUGUUUUAUUCAUUUAUUUAAAAUGGGCAAAUUGUGCAGUCUCAACAGAGGGGUUUUCAGUUGGCAUUGUAGAGUUUUCUCUGUCCUGAUUGGGCCGUGACAGCAAGCCUCGUCCGCCUUACACCGGGAUCCCCGCUCGUUAACUCUUUCACGGAGCUCUGACGGUCCCCGGCCCACGGCUCAGUGCCGCCUCUGACCCGCCGCUCGCCCGCUCAGGUGUCGCUCUGCACGGCGCAGGCUCCGCCCCCAACCGGCUCUGACCGACUGUCAGAAGAACAGGAAGACUCCUCUCCAGCUGAAGACGCAGUCGCUUCACUGUUGUCACCCAAGGGGUUAAAAAGUUAACUAAACAGUCAUGGAAACUAAUUUAGGAGACGCAGUCGGGCAAAGUCAUCCGUAAUACCAACCCGCCGGCCGUGUCACAGUCGCCAAAACAACUCGUGGAAGUGGGAAGAGUUUUUCUUUUUUUCUUCUUUCCGCGGAGACUUUACCUACUGUAGCCUAAGCUAACGGCUAGCUUACUUAGUGCCGCCUAUUUUCGGGACUUAUAAUUGUGUAAACAUUGUUUAAGCCACCGGGUUGUGUUCCACGUGGAUAACGUUACUGGUAGAAUAAAUCCUCAUUUGUAUUAUAAACACGCAACAUAUUGUUUUUGUACUUUACGUCCCGACGACGUGGGGCUGUGCUUUGAAUUUCCCUCCCUCAGGGAUCCAGCCCGGCGGCGUAGCGAGGGCUCGCUCCGCUGGCUCCGCCGGCUCCGCUGGCUCUCGACCAAAUCAUUAGCAGCUCUGAGCUAAUUGUGGCUCAGGGUACGAGCUUAGGCCCGAGGGGAAUUAACGGGUGGCUUCUUCGAAAAGUUCAGAGGCAUCGUGGGAGGAAGAGGAAGUUGUUUCUUCAUUCAACAUUUAAAUCGAGGGACAUUACCGCCACACGGGCUAAUCUAACAACCCCAAUUCAAAGAAACGGAUUAAGUUCUAAAUAUGGAUCCACACACGGGGAACUCGGCCUCGGCUGCUGGUCCCAAGAAGGACAAGAAAGCCAAGAAGAACUACGAGGAUGGAGAUGGGAAAAAGAAGUUUAAGCUCAAACACCUGAUUCCUGAUGAGUUGGAACGUUUCACCAGCAUGAGGAUGAAAAAGGACAAGGAGAAGCCCAGCCUAGUGCCAGGUCAGCGACACUCUUCAGCUGCCAGCUAUGAGACCAACGCUCCGAGUGCUGUGCUGCACGACCAUUCUGAUGAAUACGUGCUGGAACUCUUCGAACAGAUGCUGGUGGAUAUGAACCUGAAUGGAGAGAAGCAGCAGCCUCUCAGGGAAAAAGACAUUACGAUCAAACGGGAGAUGGUCUCCCAGUACCUCCACACGUCCAAAGCUGGUCAAAACCAGAAGGAGAGCGCCAAGUCAGCCAUGAUGUACAUCCAGGAGUUGAAGUCAGACUACCGAGACACACAGCUGCUGAGCUGUCUGGAAUCUCUGCGAGUCUCCCUCAGUAACAACCCUGUCAGUUGGCUGCAGAACUUCGGAGACGAGGGGCUCGCCUUGCUGCUCAAUCGGCUGAGAAGACUCCAGGAGGACAAAGACGAGUACCCUAUGAUGGGAGUGAAAUGUCAACACGAGAUCAUACGCUGUUUGAAAGCCUUUAUGAACAACAAGUACGGUCUGAAAUCCAUGCUGGAGUCACAAGAGGGGAUUCCGCUGCUGGUCAGAGCCAUCAACCCUCGCGUGCCUCAUAUGAUGGUGGAUGUUGUCAAGCUGCUUUCUGCCAUCUCAAUAUUGGAGCAUCCUGAGAACCUUCAUGAGCGUGUUCUGGAGGCCAUUACUGAGGAGGCAGAGAGACUGGACAUUGAGAGGUUCCAGCCGCUCCUUGCUGGCAUGAAAAAUCACAAUAUUGCUCUUAAGGGUGGCUGCAUGCAGCUAAUCAAUGCCUUGAUAAGCCGGGGAGAAGAGUUGGACUUCAGGAUCCAUAUUCGCUCUGAACUGCAAAGAUUGGGACUCAGAGACCUGCUGACGGAGGUGCGGAUGAUAGAAAAUGAAGAGCUGAGGGUGCAACUCACAGUGUUUGAUGAGCAGGCUGAAGAUGACUCUGAGGACCUCAAAGCACGUCUUGAUGACAUCCGCAUUGAGAUGGAUGAUGUGAGGGAAGUGUUCGAUAUCCUAGUCAACACUGUGAAGGACUCCAAGGGCGAAACCCACUUCCUGUCCCUGAUGCAACACCUGCUGCUCAUUCGCAAUGACUAUUUGGCCAGGCCUCAGUACUACAAGUUGAUAGACGAGUGUGUUGCUCAGGUCGUGCUUCACAGGAAUGGAGCGGAUCCGGACUUCAAGUGCCGUAACCUCAGUCUCAACAUUGAGGGCUUGAUAGACAACAUGGUGGACCAGACCAAGGUAGAAACCAGCGAGGCCAAGGCGGCCGAGAUGGAAAAGAAGCUGGAUGCCGAGUUGACGGCACGCCACGAGUUGCAGGUGGAGCUGAAGAAACUGGAGGGAGACUAUGAGCAGAAGCUGCAGGUCUUGAGCCAAGAGAAGGAACAACUGGCCACUUCGAAGCUGGAGCGAGAAAAAGAGAGCCAGGGACUACAGCAACAGCUCACCACUCUGCAACAGCAGAUUGAAACGCUCUCUAAAGAUCUGGAAGAGGCCAAGACGAGAGUUGUUACUGUUCCUCUGCCACCACCUGCCCCUCCUCUCCCUGGACACAAUGCAGGUAUACCCCCUCCACCUCCUCCCCCACCUAUGCCCGGUUAUUCAGGCAUACCUGCUCCUCCACCCCCUCCUCCUUUACCGGGUCAAGUCGGUAUUCCUCCUCCACCUCCCCCGCCUCCUUUACCAGGCAUGCCAGGACCUCCACCACCCCCGCCCCUCCCUGGCAUGUCAGGACCUCCACCACCCCCGCCCCUCCCUGGCAUGUCAGGACCGCCACCCCCUCCACCCUUACCUGGGAUGGGACCUCCACCACCACCACCACCUCCUGGGUUUCCCGGUAUCCCUCCCCCACCACCGGGCGGCCCAGGUAUGCCGCCACCUCCACCAUUUGGCAUGGGGGGCUGGGGGGUCCCUGCAGCAGUCUCACUGCCUUACGGGCUCCAGCCUAAGAAGGAAUACAAGCCUGAAGUCCAGCUGAAGAGAGCCAACUGGAGCAAGAUCGGACCUGAAGACCUCUCUGAGAAGAGUUUCUGGACCAAGGCAAAGGAGGGGAAAUUUGAAAACGAUGAGCUCUUUGCCAAACUCACGUUGGCCUUCUCCUCACAGACAAAGACCACUAAAGGUAAGAGUAUCACGCACCCACUUUCAUUGAGUUGUUCUUUCACAAAGCCUCUCCCGCCUUCCUCAACCUUCCCUUCCUCGACUUGGAGGACACGCUGCACAUUUACAUUAUUCAGGAACACUUUGUCAAAAAAGCUUCUCACACACGUUCAUGAAUAA